UGUUGUGAGAGGAGUUUUGUCUCGUCAGGAGCUAAGCGGAACACCUUUUAUUUAUAUCUCAUACAGCUAACGUUGUUACCGGCUAACCUUGCUAUAUUAUGAGGUGGUGAGCUCCUUCGGUGUCUAUCACAUUAAUUCAGACAACGUUUCCUCCAUCUCAGGCCGCUUCCCGCCUGUUGUGAACAGAGCAGCAGUCACUGUAUUCCAAAUUAGAUUACAAUUUAUUUAUUUAGUUUACAUUCAAUACAUGGCUGACGUACUGUUAUCGGCCACCCGGAAGCCCCCUAGCGCUCUCAUUUUAUUUUAAACUAGUGCGGAUUUCGCGCUCUUUAACAAAAUCUAUUAUUAUUAUAUAAUAUUUUAUACAUUUCUGAUCGCUGAAAAAUAUUGAAUAAACGCAAAACAAGCUUAGGUGAAAUAAAGGAAAGCGGGACCGCUCCAGUUUCUGAUGGCACCUCAGAAGCAUGGAGGCAGUUCGGCCUCGGGUCCUAGCUCCGGUUCCGGCGGCUUUGGGGGUUCUUCUGGUGGGAAAUCUACUUCGGCUUACGCUGCCACAGCUGCUGUCGUCCCCGUGAAAAAGCCUAAGAUGGAGCAACUACAGGCGGACCACGAGCUCUUCCUUCAGGCCUUCGAGAAACCAACGCAGAUUUAUAGAUUUCUACGCACAAGAAAUCUUAUAGCGCCUAUAUUUUUGCACAGAACUCUUACUUACAUGUCACACAGAAAUUCCAGAUCAAAUGCCAAAAGGUAAUUUUUUGUAAAAUGUACAUGCAUAUUGUUUACUGUAGUCGCCCCCCCCCUUUAAUUUCAAAUGUGUAUAAUAUUUGUAAAGUAAUAAGCCUAUUAUGCAAGUGCUUCUAUAUGGUCGUUAUAUUU